UUAAACACGCAGCUGCUGUAUAACUUCCCAAGAUCUGCUUUGAAAUUGAGAAGAAAAGGGGGAAAAAGAAUCUCUCAGAUAUUGUGAUGAUGAGUGAUUUGUCAAAUGGAAUAUUGGCGCUUCUCACAAAUCAUGCGUUGCUGUCUGCCUUUCUUGGCUUCGCUAUUGCUCAGUCCAUUAAGUUCUUUACUCUCUGGUACAGGGAAAACCGAUGGGAUCCGAAGCAACUUAUCGGAUCUGGUGGCAUGCCAUCGUCACAUUCAGCUACUGUGACCGCUCUUGCAGUUGGCGUUGGCCUACAAGAGGGUUUUGGAGGGCCGGAAUUCGCAACUGCGUUAGUCUUGGCAUGUGUGGUGAUGUAUGAUGCAACUGGUGUAAGAUUACAUGCCGGACGUCAAGCAGAGGUAUUGAAUCAGAUUUUAUGUGAACUUCCAGCUGAGCACCCUCUUGCUGAGAGCAUGCCUCUUCGCGAACUUCUCGGUCACACGCCUACUCAGGUUGCUGCUGGUGCUGUUCUGGGAUCAAUUACAGCAGUAAUUAUAAAUUUAAUAUGAAGCAAUCUGGAUAAAGACUUUGUUUAGUGUUACUAAAGUCGUGUUGUGUGCGUGUAUUGACCUAGUUGUAGAAUGGUUAAUGUUGCGACCUUCAAAAUCUGUAUAUUCAUUCAUAAACAAAA